UCUCUCUUCCAGCUGCCAGAAGUCCGGCACCUGGUCCUGAACUAUUCCCUGCCCGAAGCCGUCCUGGACAGCUGCCGCAGCCGAAGUGAAAAAAGGAACAUCGCGUUCAUGCAGGAACUCCAAUAUCUCUUUGCUUUAAUGCUGGGGACGCGUCGCAAAUUUGUAGACCCAACAACCGCCCUUGAACUUCUCAAAGGGGCAUUCAGAUCUCCUGAGGAGCAACAGCAAGAUGUCAGCGAGUUCACCCACAAACUCCUGGAUUGGCUGGAAGAUGCUUUCCAACUGACGGUGGAGGCCGA